CCUCGCCAGCACUGUUUAUUGGGUUAAGCUGCUGAUUUUGGCAACAGAAGCAUCUCCAACACUUGACUUGUUAUAUCACUCCAUUAAGUGAAUGAUCUGACUUUUCUAUAUAAAGCUGUUCUGAGGUGUUUGUGAGAUUAUGGAUUAUCAAUCAAAAAUUCCACCACAUGUGUUGACUGAAGAUGAGGCGUGGGCUUUAUUCAAAACAACUGCCCAUCUAGAUGAUCACUCGUCCGAUGUGGCAAAGAUGGUCUUAAAGCAGUGUAGUCGUUUGCCUUUGGUGAUUAUGUCUGUAGGAAAUGCUCUGAGAGAUAAGCCUGUAGGAGCAUGUCAGCAAGCCUUUGAAAAACUUCGAGAUGGCGAAUGUCUAGAAAUUCAAGAUUCGGAUAUAGAAGAAAUGGCUUAUAGAAGUUUGAAGUUCAGUUUUGAUGAAUUGCCGCGAGAAGAAACGAAGAGAUGUUUGAUUUUGUGCUCUCUGUUUCCGAAAGAUCGAGACGUUUGUGUUGAAGAUUUGACUAGAUAUGCACUUGGCUUGCGCUUGUAUCAACAUUCUCAAUCGAUUAAAGAUGUGUCGAAUGAAGUUCUUGAUGCAAUUCGCGAGCUCAAAUGUUCUUAUUUUUUGUUAGAAGGUGAUACUAAAGGACAUGUGAAAAUGGACAGGUUGGUUCAUGACGUAGUCGUCUUGAUUGGGAAAAGAUAUUCGGUGGUUACAGAUUCCAAAAUGGAGGAGAAGUUUAUUGCAGGUGGUGGCACUGGGUUCAACGAGUGGCCAACUGAUGAAAGAUUCAGAGAUUAUGCAGCUCUCUCUUUCUUGGAUAAUGAAAUAGCGCGGCUUCCGGAUAAAUUGCCGUGCCCAAAGUUGGAAAUGUUACUGUUGUCCAGACGGGCGCUUUCUCCAGAAGGCUAUACAAGCUCUCAUCAAGAGUGUACAGAUGUUCCGGAUGGAUGUAUUGAAGGAAUGGAGAAGCUUAAAAUUUUAUCGCUAACCCGUGGGAACCUCUCAGUAUAUUCACUAAAAAGCUUAACAAAUCUUCAUAUUCUAGAGCUAAAGUAUUGCAACUUCACCUUGGCAGGAAAUUCUACCGCUGACAAUUCUUCAUUGCGAAAUCUGAAGAAACUUGAGAUUCUGAGCUUUUACGGUUCUGAAAUUAGUGAGUUACCCAAUGAGCUAGGAGAACUGGAGAAUUUGAAACUGUUAGAGCUAACAAAUUGUUAUGGUCUAGAUAGGAUUUCUUCAAAUAUGAUAAGAAAAUUAUCCAAACUUGAAGAAUUACAUGUUGGAGUCUUUGAAGAUUGGGAUGUCCAACUGCUGCUGGAGCUGAAUUCACUGCACCACUUGGACAUUUUGUCGUUGGCAUAUCGCAUAAGCUUUCCAGAAAGCUUUGUUUUCUCCAGCUUGACAGCGUAUCAUCUGCACAUAUGUGAUUGUGAGUGCCCGAGAUUCCUGUCUAGGCUCAGAUAUCCAACCUCGAGAAUAAUUUGCAUCAUCGCAACUGAAGAAAUCGUUGAUGCUUGUGAGGAGCUAUUCGCGAAUGUAUACAAUCUUCAUAUAGAAUGCAGCGAUACAUGUUUCCAGAACAUGGUUCCCGACAUAUCUCCCAUGGGCUUUCAAGAGCUGCAUCGCCUUGAGCUUUAUGGCUGUGAGAUGGAAUGCCUCAUUAGUACCACAAAGCAGCAGCAACAACAGGUAGCAGAAAAUGCAUUCUCACAUAUGGUGGAGCUAGAAAUUGGUAACACGACUUUGAAAGAAUUAUGCGAUGGUCUGCCACCAAAGAGAUUCUUAGAGAAUUUGCAUACGCUAACUAUAUCUUACUGUGAACAAAUGAACACCAUAUUUCCAGCAAAGUUGCUUCGAGGAGUGAAAAAAUUAGAAAGUGUGAUGGUUGAAGAUUGCGACAAUUUGCAAUACGUGUUCCAACUAGAAGAAUUCGAUCAAGUAGACGAGCAGUUCGCACGCCUAACAAGUCUAGAGCUGAAAAAUACAGAUAAAUUGUUGUUCAUAUGGAAUGGGCCUACCCGUCUUGUAAAUCUCAAAAGUCUCACUCGUUUGAUCCUUUGGAAUUGUGGGAGCCUGAUCUCUGUUUUUUCACCAUCUGUUGCUCAAAGUCUAGUGCAUCUGGAAAAACUCGAUAUAGGAGGCUGUGCUAAGCUCGAGCAUAUAAUCACCGAAGUAGUGGACGAUGAGGAGCCAUUGAAAGGCCAUCCUCCAUCCUACCUCCAAAAUUUGAAGGUAGUCCAAAUAGAAAGCUGCAAUAGGUUGCUAUAUGUUUUGCCGAUCUCAAUGGCUCAAGACCUUAUGAAACUCGAAGAGAUAAUCAUAUCCGAUGCUGCUCAACUAAACCAAGUGUUUGGUAAUUGCAAGGGACCAAGUUUGCUCUCUAGGCAUGCAAACGAUAAUCCACUACUCCCUGUACCAAGAAAACUAGAAAUCAAAGACCCGUACUGGUUCUCAAGGAAUAAUGCAGUGGUACUUCCAUCUUUAAGCCGUGUGCAAAUCGAGAAAUGUCCCCAGUUAGCCAUGAAUUCUCUUUUAUGGGCUCUUCCAGAGUUUCUUAGAAAAAAGAUGGUGCAGGCUUCAAGAGAUUCAGAACAGCAAAAAGUUUCAUAUGCCGAAAGGAUACCUCUGGAAACUCUAGAUUUAAAAGGACUGUCGCAAUUGGAGCACAUCAUUGCAGUGGAAGAUGACGAUGUUGAAAAGGGUCUGAGCUCAUUAAAGACUCAUUUUCAAGCUAUCUCCUUCAGUUCCUUGCAAAAACUUAGAAUCACCGAGUGCAAUAAAUUGAAAAUUCUUUUGCCUGUGGAAAUUGCUCGAGAUCUUCAGCUUCUGACAGAGAUUUACGUAAAAUCAUGUAACCAAUUGGUGGCAAUAUUUGGAAAUGAAGAUCAGGCACACAUUGAUGCCAUGGAAGAGAUCACUUUUCCUAAGCUAUUAGAAUUAUGUUUGGAAGAGUUACCAAACCUCAUCACAUUCGGUCCGCAAGAAUACCAUUUCGUAUUCUCGUCUCUAGAAUGUUUAAGAGUCGAAACAUGUCCAAAGAUGACAACAAGGUUUACUACUGCAGCAGGAUGCUACCAUUCAUACCCAAUCAGAGGGAAACGCUCGUGGGAGGAAUUGAACUCAACCUUAACAUAAUGUUAUCCAGCGCCUAUACAAUUUGAACUAUAGUUUUGAGGAAAUUACGUGGUCUACGCUCUUUUCUCAGAUCUUUACAAAAAUACCCCCUCAAAAAAUUCUAUUUUCAAGCGUACUCUUUUUCUUAUUUCUAUUUUCUCUUUUCAAUUUUAAACUCUUCUUCCAUAGUUUAGAUCGUGCCUUCUCUUUCGUUAAUUUUUCCCUCAAUUCAAAUGUUCUUUCUCUUUUUAAUAUAAUCAUCUCCAAAAAUCAAAUUCCUUGUUCAUGCUCUUUGUUGAUUCGGAGUUUAAUUUCAGUCUCUACUUAAAAAGGUAAAAGACCGGAUCUUUUCUUAUCUUUUUAAAUUUAGGGUUUGUAAUUCUUAAUAAUACUUUUAAUAUUUUAUAUCCCGAUUGUCUUUAAUUUCAAAAAAAAAAAUGUGCUAGAUGGAAAUCUUCUUAUAAGGUGUGCCAAUCUCGCUCAGUUUAUCAAAGGUAAUUCUUGUUUAUGUUUUGAUUCUAAGUAUGUGAUUCUACAAAAAUAGAAAAAUGCACUAGUCUUCAAUCCUUCCGCUCCUCGGUCGAGUCUAGCUUCACUCUUAUGAAUACUCGUUUUGAGUCGUUCGGUACUUCAAUCACUAAUGCUCACUCUAUGUAUGAUCGUCAUUUUGAGAGUAUAGGGAGGGACAUGAGUGUGUUACAUCUUUAUCACAAUAUUGGUUUGAGAGUUACACCGCUCCGAUGGAUGAUGAUUUUUUGGCGCAUGACGUGGAUGCUUUUGAUGGUGGUGACGCUUGAUUUUACUUGGUUUUUAUAUUCUUUUGUUUCUUUUUUUAGAGACAUAUGGACACAUGUGUUUUGAUAGCUUUUAACUAUAUACCUUAUGUUGGUUUUUUAGGUUGUUGUUUAGACCUUUUUCGACCACUGUUUAGCUCCUUUGCGUUUGGCUUUA